ACAGCGCCAUCUGUAGGAUCGAUCGACCGGAAAUAUUGCAACGAAAACACGUCAACAAAUCCCAACAAACAGCUGAUUUUUUUCGACAUUUCAACCUAAUAUCGAUGGGUUUUGGUCAAUUGGAAGCAUGGGGAAAAUGGUAGUGGGGUAACGAUUGUCUUGCCUCGGUGCGUGAGCUGACCAAAUCCCAUCGGCAUGAUGAAGAAAGCAAGGGGGCCGAAACUCAGGCCCAAGUACCACUCCUUCUACCUGGCUCUGUUCUCCAUCAUCCUCGCCGGCAUCAUCGUGACUGGCAUCUUCCAGUUCUGGCCCCAUUCCAUCGAGUUGGAGAGGCAGCCGCGGUAUCACAUCGAAAGCUACAAAAACCUCCAGGAGAUCAAGGUCUCGGAGGGGUCUCCUCUGGGGGCAAAGACUGUGCAGGAAUGCCACUACCAUGACUGUUUCGAUGUCUAUCGGUGCGGUUCGGACACCAACAGAAUCAGUGUUUACAUCUACCCCAUGAGGAAGUACGUGGACGAGAGCGGGGUGCCGAUUACGGGGCAGAUUUCGAGGGAGUUUUAUGAAGUUCUCAAUGCUAUCGCGAACAGCCCGUUUUAUACGUCCAAUGCGGACCAGGCGUGCCUUCUGGUGCCGUCCAUCGACUUGUUGAAUCAGAACACGAUGAGGGUUAAGGAGAUGGGACAAGUCUUGAAUCGACUGCCAAGAUGGAACGGAGGCACCAACCACCUCCUCAUCAACAUGCUCCCGGGUACCAUACCCGACUUCAACACAGCCCUGGACGUCCCAAGGGGUAACGCCAUCCUGGCUGGUGGUGGGUUCUCCUCCUGGACCUACAGACCCGGCUACGAUGUCAGCAUACCGGUCUUCAGCACGGCCAUGUCCGCUGUCAAAAUGAGCGAAAGGCCGUUCGACACUGUGCGUCCCUACCUAGCCGUCUCCACGCAAGCCGGGAUCCAUGAUGACUACCGAACCCAGCUUCUAACCAUAGCUAGCACCAACCCAGACUUUCAGGUCUUGGACGAGUGCAAGACAGAGGAAGGGCUUCCGGAUCCAUUCAAGAGAUGCCAGGACAACAAAGCUUUCAGCUAUCCUCAUAUAUUACAGGAUGCUACAUUUUGUAUAGUGCUACGUCGGACACGCCUUGGACAAGCUGCCCUCAGUGAUGCACUCCAAGCUGGAUGUAUACCAGUCAUCAUCAGUGACGCCUACAUUUUACCGUUCUCAGAAGUCAUUGACUGGAAAAGGGCAUCACUGGUUGUCCGAGAAGAUCGCAUCCCCGAUCUUCCCGACAUCUUGCACUCCAUCGAGCUUGAGCACAUCCACCAGAUGAGACGGCAGGUCCGGUUUCUAUGGAAACGUUACUUCAGCAGCAUGGCCAACAUCACCCUGACAACGCUGCAAAUCAUCAAUGACCGUGUCUUCCCGUACAAGGCUAAGGAUUACGAUUGGUGGAAUGAGCCGACUCCAAGGAGAGGUGCCCAGAACCCGCUGUUCUUGCCGAUCAUCCCUCCCAAGUCACAUGGCUUCACUGCGGUGGUCCUCACCUACGACAGGGAGCAGAGUCUCUUUGAGAUCAUCAAGCAAAUCUCGCAGACACCAAGUCUGUCCAAGGUUCUGGUCGUCUGGAAUCAUCAAGAAAAGACACCACCACCUGCUGAUCGAUGGCCUAAGAUUAACAAACCACUGAAGGUUGUACAGACCAAAGAGAACAAACUGAGUAAUCGAUUCUAUCCGUACGAUGAGAUCGAGACCGAGUGCAUCCUUGCCAUCGAUGAUGACAUCAUCAUGUUGACACCGGAUGAGCUGGAGUUUGGUUAUGGGGUUUGGAGAGAAUUCCCUGAUCGUCUUGUAGGUUUUCCAAGCCGCCUUCAUCUUUGGGACGAGGCGCAUGGUAAAUGGAAGUAUGAGAGUGAAUGGAUGAAUGACCACUCUAUGGUUCUCACAGGGGCUGCAUUCUAUCAUAAGUAUUUCAGCUAUGCCUACACGCACAAGAUGUCACCACACAUCAAGACGUGGGUGGAUGCCCAUAUGAACUGCGAAGAUAUCGCUAUGAACUUUCUCAUUGCUAACAUCACCGGGAAAGCACCCAUGAAGGUUACACCCAGGAAGAAGUUCAAGUGCCCUGAGUGCACCAGCGUCGAGAUGAUCUCGGCCGAUCUGAAUCACAUGGUGGAGAGGUCCGAGUGUAUUAUGGAGUUUGAAAAGGAGUAUGGCAUGAUGCCUCUGAAGACUGUUCAGUUCAGAGCUGACCCGGUACUCUACAAGGACAACGUCCCUGAAGAACUGAAGCGAUAUCACACCAUUGGCAGUUUGUAGAUGUGAGACAUUUAGCUGCAGU